GCGAGGCUGAUCCCGCCCGGCCAGGGUUGGCUUAACGGAGGGGUGUCCACGACCCCGAUGCCUUGAACCACGGCGGAACGCUGUGAAAAGUCAGAGUGACCAUUUAAAAACGAGACGUAGGACGCUCAAUUAAAGAAUAACCACGGGACGCCUUUUAGUUGUCAAGUGCCGGGGAUAAAAGAUGAAUGAGGACCUAUCUUGACUAAAGGAGUCUGGUAGCUGGAGAUAUACGGGCUGAGCACGUCGUCACAUCCUGGCUACCAGCAAAUCUAUUGGUUUUACCUCCAAAAUAUGUCUUGACUUUGCUUCUUUACCACCACCCUGGUCUAAGCCCCUAUCAUCUCCUACUUGGAUCAAGGCCCUCAGUCUUCUGGGAGAGAGUGUGAAGAUGCUGAAAGAGCGUCCAGGGAUGGCGGAAGACCCUCAGCUGCAAAUGGGUGUGCGGGCGGUCAAACUAGAGAAAGAGUUGCCGUGGGGCAGGGCAAGGGAGGACCCCAGUCCCGAGACUUUUCGUCUGCGAUUUCGGCAGUUCCGCUACCAGGAGGCGGCAGGUCCCCAGGAGGCCCUCAGGGAACUCCAGGAGCUCUGUCGCCGGUGGCUGAGGCCCGAGCUGCACACCAAGGAGCAGAUCCUGGAGCUGCUGGUGCUGGAGCAGUUCUUGACCAUCCUGCCCCGGGAGUUCUACGCCUGGAUUCAGGAGCAUGGCCUGGAGAGCGGCAGGGCCCUGGUGGGCAUGGUGGAGGACCUCACAGAGAGAGCCCUGGAGGCCAAGGCGGUUCCGUGCCACGUGCAGGGAGAGCAGGAGGAGACGGCGCUUUGCAGAGGCCCUUGGGAAGCAGGCGUCCACCUGGGGCCUGUGGAAGUCAAGCCUGAGUGGGGGAUGCCCCAUGGGGAAGGCGUUCAAGGUCUAGACCAAGGCGCUGAGGAGCAGCUCAGCCAGGACCCUGGAGGUGGGACGCAGGCCUUCCAGGAGCAGGCUCUGCCGGUUCUUCAGGCUGGUCCUGGCCUCCCUGCAGUGAACACCAGAGACCAAGAGAUGGCAGCUGGGUUCCUUACAGCCGGACCCCAGGGGUUGGGCUCAUUUAAAGAUAUAGCCCUGGCUUUCCCCGAGGAGGAGUGGAGGCACGUGGCCCCAGCCCAGAUAGACUGCUUUGGGGAAUACGUGGAGCCCCAGGACUGCAGGGUCUCACUUCCAGGCACUGGGAGCAAGGGGAAGGAGGCAAGGACCCAGCAGGCAGACCUCAAGGGGCCGCUUACUCCGGUGUCGUCAGAGAGGUUUGAGGAAGCCGUGGUCCAUGGCCCCGAGCUUGGAAGGACCUGUGAGCAGGAGGCCGGGAGCUCGGCGGGAAACAUCCCGGGGCCGCCUCCUCCCCAGCACGGCGUCGUCCCCCUGCCUGGUGACCUCAAGACCCACAGCUCCUUCUGGAAGCCUUUCCAGUGCCCUGAGUGUGGAAAAGGCUUCAGUCGGAGCUCCAAUCUGGUCAGACACCAGCGGACCCACGAAGAAGAGAAGGCCUAUGGCUGCGUUGAGUGUGGGAAGGGGUUCACCCUGCGGGAGUACCUCAUGAAGCACCAGAGGACCCACCUGGGGAAGCGGCCCUACGUGUGCAGCGAGUGCUGGAAGGCCUUCAGCCAGAGGCACCACCUGGAGGUCCACCGGAGGAGCCACACCGGGGAGAAGCCCUACACGUGCGGGGACUGCUGGAGGAGCUUCAGCCGCAGGCAGCACCUUCAGGUGCAUCGGAGGACGCACACCGGGGAGAAGCCCUACACCUGUGAGUGCGGCAAGAGCUUCAGCAGGAAUGCCAACCUGGCCGUGCACCGGCGGGCCCACACCGGGGAGAAGCCCUAUGGCUGCCAGGUGUGCGGGAAGCGCUUCAGUAAGGGCGAGCGGCUGGUCAGACACCAGAGGAUCCACACCGGGGAGAAGCCCUACCGCUGCCCUGCCUGUGGGCGGAGCUUCAACCAGAGGUCCAUCCUCAACCGGCACCAGAAGACCCAGCAUCGCCAGGAGAGCCCGGUGCAGUGAGGAGGAGGCGGGUCCUUCCAGGACCGCCGGGCCGGGGGAGAGCUCGCUGGAGGACGCGCUCACCUUCACUCACUGCAGGGCGGCGGGUGUCCAGCAGCGACGGGUGCAGAAAGGCACUUUGACCCCUUUCCCUCCCACUCACUCUUAAAUGUAGGGAAAGGGCAAGGCCUGGCUUACGUGAGUUGCCAGAGGGCACAGCGUCUCAUGGCUCCUACCCAAGUGGUGCUAACACUCUCUCACCAUCUCUUGGGGAAGCGAGAUCCCGAGUUUCGGUCCAGGUUGGGGUUCCCCUCCUUCAGUGGAUGUUCACAUCCACCUCCUGAGCAAGUCCGGUUGUCAAGGCGAAAUCUUGUCCCACGUCGGCAGCUUGAACCUCGUUUUUCUGAGGGCUGUUAUCUUUGCAAGAUCAUUAGCUCAGACUCUGUCUCCCUGCGCCCCACGCUGUCCCAUUUAACAAGUAUUUACUGCACACCUACUGUGCGCCUGGCGCUGGGAGCACAGCGAACGAGACAGAUGAGACCUCGUUCCCGGAGCUGGUGGUUGGGCGCCGGACGCACCCUCGAGGCCGGUAAUGACCCGGAGUGCCGACCUUUCCCUCUGCAGUUGGAGUCGCUCAGGCAGCCUGGGUCAUUUUACUUUAUUCUUCGCCCCCUUUGUCUCUGUAGUAUCCUACCCUCACCUGUCGUCUCCCCCUUCCUCUGUUCCUGGUACAGUAAUACCAGUCCAUGCAUCUGUUAGAAGAUUAAUAUUUUGCUGUUGAUCACUGAAUAAACGUGAGAGUAUUUUACAAAAA